AUGAUUUUUAUUGCUUGGAACUGCAGGGGUGUGAAAAGUGGUGGUACUAGGCGGCAUGCUAGAGAGCUCCUGAAAAGGCCAGAUGUUAGUGCUCUUUGUUAUUUGGAGACAAAGUCCAAAGUGGCGGACUGCUUACUUAGAAUGGCUGACAAGCUUGGUUUUGGUUCAUCCUUUAUGGUGGACCCUCUUGGUUUUGCGGGUGGCUUACUUUUAAUUUGGAACAAAGACCGUGUCCCGCUGUCGUGGGGUGUUGGGGAGAUCAUUCCUAGUUCUGUUGACAGAUUUCUGGAGGGGAUGAAUGACUGUAGGCUCAUGGACCUUGAGGGCAAAGGGCAUAUCUUGCCUUGUACACGUUCAGACCAUCAUCCUAUUCAGUUCUUGAGUGAGGCGGCCACACCCCCUCCCAGAAAUGAGAGACCUUUCAGGUUUGAGGCGGCGUGGCUUUUGAGAGAUGAUUACUGGGACACAUGGAAACAAGCCUGGGAUCCUUUAGGGGAUAACAUUUCCGGAGCCAUUGACCGGGUGGGUAAGUUGUCCAAAGAUUGGAAUCUCAAAACUUUCGGGAACAUCUUUCACAGGAAGAAAAUGAUUCUUGCUAGGAUCGCGGGGAUACAAGCCUCGCCCAAUUAUGGAUCGAACAGGACCCUGAUGAACCUCGAAAUUAGGCUCGUGGAUGAGCUCAAUAAUAUUCUUAAACAAGAAGAGGUGUUCUGGUAUCAAAAAUCACGGAAAGAUUGGAUCCAGGAUGGCGACAAGAACACCACGUUCUAUCACAAGGCGACGUUGAUUAGAAGAAACCGUUCGAGAAUCACCAUGCUUAAAAUCGACGGUGAGUGGAUUUCCAACCCCCAAAUUAUUAAGGACCAUAUUGCUAACUACUUUAAAUGUCUUUUUGGCAGGGCUCUGGACGGUUCUAUUGAGACCCCCACACUUAUGUGUGGGCGCAGCAUGAGUAACAGACAAUCCCAAUACUUGAACCGCUAUGCCUCUCUGGAUGAGGUUCGCCACGCAGUUUUUGGCAUGAAACAGUUUGGGAGCCCGAGACCCGAUGGAAUCCAAGCAGCUUUCUACCAACAGUAUUGGGAUACCGUUGGUAUUCCUGUUACGGACUUCGUGAAUUCUUGUCUCUCUUCAGGUACCAUCCCAGUCGGGAUGCUGGAAGCUUACAUGACCCUGAUUCCCAAAAAGGACAACCCGGAGAAUGCGGGGGACUUUAGACCAAUCACCCUUCUGAAUGUGAUUUUCAAGAUCGUCUCUAAAGUCCUCGUCAACCGAUUCAGACCUAUUAUGAAGAAACUGGUAGGUCCCUUUCAAAACAGCUUUUUGCCAGGAAGAUCCACGAUGGAUAACAUUGUUUUGGCUCAAGAGGUGAUCCAUAAUCUCAAUAAAUCCAAGGGUAAAAAAGGUUUCAUGGUUCUCAAGCUUGACAUCCAUAAGGCCUACGACAGCCUCGAUUGGGGGUUCCUGGAAUCGGUCCUUACCAAUCUUAACCUUCCUGCUCGGUUGGUUUCUUUGAUCUUGUUCUCUCUCAAAGAGAGCACCAUCUCGGUCAACUGGAACGGAGGUAAGCUUCCUCCUUUUGGGGUGGGGAGAGGGGUCAGACAAGGUGACCCCUUGGCUCCCUAUUUGUUUAUUCUUGCUAUGGAGACCCUCUCUUGGGCUAUUCAGAAUGAAGUCAACAAAGGUCACUGGAUUCCUUAUAAGGUGGCCCGUGGGGGGACCAACAUCUCCCACCUUUUCUUCGCGGAUGACCUCAUUCUAUUUGGGGAAGCUUCUGAACAUCAACUCAAGAUCAUCUUAUCGGUAGUGGACAAAUUUACCCGCCAAUCAGGUUUGUCUAUCAGUCUGAAUAAAUCUAUUAUUUAUUGUUCCCCUAACACCAGUGACAGGUUGAAACGGCGUCUCGGAGAAAUUGCAGGGAUCCCGAUCUCCGACAACAUGGGAAAAUACUUGGGCAUUCCCAUUCACCAGAAGAGAGUUACAAACGGCACUUUUGAUUAUAUCCUUGAUCAAAUGAGGAAGAGGCUUUCAGGCUGGAAAAGUGACUCCCUUAGCCUUGCGGGGCGCAGGAUCCUGACGCAGUCGGCCCUAGCUACCAUUCCGAUUUAUACGAUGCAAGCCCUAUCUCUCCCGAAAGUCCCUGGGCACGCUUCAUGGGCAUGGAAAAGCAUCAUUAAAGGGAGAAAAAUUGUCGUCUCCAACGCAGCUUGGAAAGUUGGGAACGGCAACUCGAUCAACAUGUGGACAGACUGGUCUUGGGAUGUACCUAAACUUCAGGAAAUUCUCCCAGAGACUCUGAUCAACACCAUUCGAGCGGUUCCAAUUCCUUUUGAUGGCACGACCAAAGACGCUAUUGGAUGGGCAGGAAGCGAUUCAGGUAAAUUCUCUACGAAAUCUGCUUACUCUUGUCUUGCAGGUACCGAUGAGAUCAAUAAGGAUUGGAUGUGGCUCUGGAAGCUAAAGUGCUGGGAAAAAAUCAAAGUGUUCAUAUGGCUUAUCCUUAAAGGCCGGUUGCUGACCAACGCGGAGCGAUUUAGGAGGCAUCUAGCGGACUCGGGUAGAUGUCCGUGCUGCGACCUGGAAGAGGAGUCGCUCAAGCAUCUGUUCUGGGAUUGCAGCGCCAUUCAGACGACUUGGCACCUUACCGACACACCAACCUGCUUCGGGUUCCCGGUGCACUGGUCGAUCGAACACUGGAUCGAAACAAACUGCUCUAUUAAACAGGAUCACUCUUGGCCUUCCCGCUUUGCUUUCACUCUGUGGUCCAGAUGGAAGAACAGGAACGCUUGGACUUUCCAGAAUCAGAAAGUUACUCCUUUGGCUUCGGUCCUCUGGGUGAACGAUCGUGUGAAGGAGCUGGCUACUGUGACGACACCUGGAACGGUGAAACAUGCAAGCGCGGACUGGGUUCAGUGGUUUCCUCCGAGACAAGGGUGGUACAAGCUCAACACAGACGGAGACGUUAAAGGUAACUCGGGUCUUGCUUCGGCCGGCGGUUUAGUCCGGGAUGACAGGGGGACCUUGGUUUGGGGUUUCACUGCGAAGAUUGGGAUAACGGAUAGCUUCGCGGCAGAACUGUGGGGCCUAAGGGAGGGUCUACGGCUUUGCCUCAAGAGGGGGGUUCGUCAGGUUAUGGUCGAAAUGGACUCUAAAUCCAUUAUAGACCUGUUGCAUAAGGAUGCACAGUUGGAAGACACUGGGUGUACGUUACUCUUCGACUGCAUGGCGAUGAUCCCAAAGUUUGAGGGGAUUCGGUUCAAGCACAUCUUCAGGGAAGGCAAUACUUGCGCGGAUUUCUUGGCCAAUCUGGCACAAGGGAAAGACUGGGGAACGUGGGUUUUCACGGAAGCAAUGGAUGGCUUGGUCCCCCUCCUAGUUCGCGACAAGGGAGGGUUUUCCACUCGCAGAGUUAGAUAG